UGACAGACAGUGACAUUCAAUACCACUUUCAUACCAAAUUUGUUUUGACCAAAAUAGUGUUUUUCAGACACAACUGAAAACCAUUUAAGGAUUUGGUGUGAUGGUGUCCUCUGAUGUCAUCGGCAUCCUCCUCUCUUGCUUGCGGGAACAAUAGAGGAGCUAUAGAGAACAAAAGAGGAAAGUCCAUGUCAUAAGGACACCUGGACCACCUAUUGAGAUGUGCCUUUUGUUAAAUAAAUCAGAUGAUAAAUGAGGUGAAAAGGAGACUGGAGUAUGACCUUAAGGUCCCUAUCAUAAUAUUGACAAUGAUAACAAUUACAUAGUUUUGUGACUAUUAAUAAAACUCAUCCUCAAUAAUUAACAUCAUCAUCCUCCUUCAUAUUCCAUUUUUCAGAUUAAAUAAAAUAGCUGAAAUAUCACUGGAACAUAAUACGAUUAUGUACAAUGGAUGUGGUUAAACAGGCAGCCAAUUUCUGAUAUAUUUUUUUUACCACUAAUUGAUCUUUUGACCAAUCACAUCAGAUAUUUUCACAUCUGAUCUUUUUCAGAGCUGACCUGAUUGGUCAAAAGACCAAUUAGUACAAGAAGAUCAGAAUUGGGCUGCCUGUCUAAACGCUGCUAAUGUGUGCAGUCUGGGUCCUCCAAAAAGACAGUCUCAACACCAGCCUCCAUUGUUUCUGGUAAUUUCUUAACAGGGGAUAUUAUUGUGUUGUUGUGUUCUAUUUAAGUACUAUAUUUAAAGUAGUGCCUAUACUUCAUAAUACAUUUAACCAUCAUCCCUGUUUCCGAAUGAGGCUGCGGCAACCUAUAUCUGUGGUGGUAUUUCCAUUGCGCAAGAAACAUACCCACGGGACUACAGUGAUAUGUGUAACCUUAGUAAGUGUACAGUGGGGAUGUGACGAGCACGUGGGGUAGGGGACAGGAGGAGACUGCAUUUAUGGAGUUAUCAACAAAGCAUCACUGAGGGCUUGCGCAGGGUUGUUAACCAAUGAUGUUUGUAUACAUCAUUGGGUGGAACAAGUGAGGACACCGCAGGGGAAAUGUGGGUUGGGUCUCACCAUAGCCGGACAUGGAGACUUUGACGUCAUGGCAGGGACUCCCUAAAAGCAGCUGUUGAAGAGUGUCACGUCGCCAGCCUCGUAGUAUCAAAAGCGUGUGAUUCUUUUCCGAAUGAAAGCGCACGUAGACACCCGCAGCGGAGUAUAUACACGGAUACUUUAGUUUUCACUUUUGCAAGGAUUCUAUGCACUUAUUUAAGAAGAGUGCGUUCACGAUGAAUGUGGGAACAUAUCCUUUCGUGGUCAGCACCCAUGCUGUGGCCCUACUGAGGAAACUCAAUUUUCAGAGAAUGGAAGGGCAAUUUUGUGACUGUGUGAUUCGACAACAUCUGAACCCGGUGAAACUCUAUCUGGCCCACAAAAAUGUCCUGUCAGCUUCUAGUCCCGUCUUGGCUUCCCUUCUCCCCAGUAAAGGUGCACUGCUGGACUUGCAGUUUCCAUCCCUUUCAACUGAAAUUCUGGGGUCUCUUUUGGAAUUUAUCUACACUGGGACUCUACCCCCACCAGAUCAGGAUGAAUCUAUUCUCUCUGCUGCUACUUAUCUGAAAAUGGAUGAAUUACAGAAGGCUUUAAUAAGAAGGAGCACACUGAACACAUCAUCUGAGUCUGACUGCACUGUUGCAGAUAUAAAAACCAAUCUAAAGAGGAAAUGCUCAGAUCAGCAGCAAAACAAGAAGAAUGAACAUUCUCCAUCGCGGUGCACACCAACCCCUCUAAGUUGUGAAGUCGUUCCCGUCAUAUGCCAUGUCAGCACAACUGGAAAGCCUUCUCUAUUGUCAGAAUCCAGACCUGAAAGCAGAAAAUUGAACAGUGAGUCUGACGUGACCAUAAAGGAGGCAGGAGGCAGUGAACGAAAGGUGACACUUGGUCAUGGACACAAUUUAAAGCACUAUGGAUUACAAACGGAUGAUAAUUAUGAAGCAGCUUUAUAUGAGUCACAACCAAAACAAAGCAAGAUUUUAUCUGGCAGUACAUGCUCCAAUCUUCAGGAUCUGCCCAUGGCUGCCCCAGAGGAUGCAGCAUAUUACACAGGAAGGCGUCAAAGGGAGAUGGAUGAAAAAUCUGUAUUACAAAGUUCUGGGAAUGCCAUCCUGACACACACUGCUGUAUGUUCAGAAAUUGGCGAGGAGGAUGAUACUGAAAAGACUACAAAUCAGGAAUUUACAUCCCACUUCAAUACUUCAAGUCAUUACUCCAGGAUUCAAAGUUGUCCUCACUUAGAUACAACUUCCAAAUGUAGUGAUAACGAAGGGUUAACUACAAUAGAUCAGUUAGAGUCAAACAAAGAGAAAGGUUCUAAAUGCCACCCCACACUGCAAUUUGAAAAUAUAUCAGAUGCUGAUGAGUAUAUCCCUGAUAAUGCCAUAGAAAACACCCCUAAGGGUAAAUUAAAGGAUUUAUGGAGUUCAAUGAUCACCAGUGGAUAUUGUUCCCAGGACAACGAAACAAAAUGCUUUCAGAGUGCCUCUAGAUUAAAUCUAUGGACUGAGGCAACGAGCUACUCUACACUAAACCCCAAAAUAUCUGAGGAGGUAACAUCAAACGAGAGCAGAUGUGAUAUCAAGGGCAGUAACACUAACACCAACGAAAUGGAAACAUAUCAAGGACAAGUUCGCUAUCACUAUCUUGCAAGGGAAAAACAUCACCCUGUACAAUCCAGUGACUCGGACGACGAUGGUCUGUAUAGUGCCAUGGCUAACUCUGACCUCCGAGGAGGCCUUGGCAUAAAUGUCAAAGCCAGCACCUCAGAUUUCGUUUUACUGGACAUUUCAGCCAAACAUCCCUUGGCAGGGUACCCUGACUCCAAUGGGAGUGUGGGUGUGCCUGCAUCUGCCUCUGUCCAGCCUUACCAGUGCACUAUGUGUGAUAGGGCCUUCAGCCAGCGAGGCUCCCUCAACAGACACAUGCGCUCCCACCUGGGUGUUAGGCCCUACUCUUGCCCCCAGUGUCCCAUGACCUUCUCCAGACAGUACCGGGUCACUGAGCACAUGCGCGUCCACCAACGGGACUGCGAGGACCUUCAGAGGACAGGCCCCACCUGAUGGCAGCAACAAUCAAAGCAAUGGACCUUCAGAGGACAGGCCCCACCUGAUGGCAGCAACAAUCAAAGCAAUGGAGCUUCAGAGGACAGGCCCCACCUGAUGGCAGCAACAAUCAAAGCAAUGGAGCUUCAGCUGAAAAUCCUACACAACUUUGGAAUUAGGCCAGGGCUACGGCUUGUUCAACUCUAUCAAGAUCAAUUUGUGAGAUAGAGUUGAUCAGGGUUCAAGCCACUUGUGAACUGUAUCCAAAAACCUUUGGGAAAGCGCUUUUGAUAUGAUAGUCUGUGCUACCAGCCAUUUGAUGAAAAGGAAAUGCUUUCAGAUGUUCUCUGUCACUUCGAAAACAAUUUGAGAAAGCACCUUUUGGCAUUAGUUUGUCAUUUGCUGAAGUGAAAAUGAAUCAUCAAGAUGGAUUUGUCUUAUACCCUAUUUCAAGUGGCCUUAUAUUCAUGGGUUGCACAUUUUGUCACAAUAUUGUUUUGAACGUUAGUUUUAGGUCAGAUGCCCAGCUGAACAGUCUACUCAAUGCAUUCUCAAUGGGUGUUGAGGAAGAUUUUGUCUAAAGUGCAUUACUGUGGCUUGGAAACAUGAUGACAUUUCAAAAGGAGGCAAAUAAUUAGCAGGGCGGGCCUUUGUCAUCAUUGUGAUGUCUUCAUAUUGACUUUAGACACAGUAUAACUUUAGGUAGCUAGCUAAGAUUGAGGGGAGAGCACUGACAUUCUAGCCAGCUAACAUUAGCAUUGCUAGCUAGACUGCCUUCAGAAAGUAUUCACACCCUUUGACUUUUUCCAAAUUUUGUUGUGUUUAGCCUGAUUUUAAAAUGGAUCAAAUUUAGAUUUUUUUGUCACUGGCCUACACACAAAACCUACUAAUGUCAAAGUGGAAUGAUGUUUUUCAAGUUUAUAAAAAUUAAACAUGAAAAGCUGAAAUGUC